AUGGAAGCAGAGAUGCGUGCUUUACUGGAUGGCCUUUCCCUAAUCUAUGAUCAUGGCUUGGAGGUUUAUGACUGGGAAAUUAACACAGAUUAUCAGUCUAUGGACUGUCGAAUACAACAUGUGUAUAGGGAGGGGAAUUCGGUGGCAGAUGCUUUGGCUAACCAAGGGGUUAUGGAUCAGUCUACUCGUUUAUACUUGAAUCAGGGAACAUCUACAAAGUAUGCAGAAGGUGCAGAUCAGAGUUCAACUAAUUCCAUUACUCUCUUACCUUCUUCUUCCCAGCUCAGAGACUCCCUCAGCUCAAUGGUAGGCGCAGCCUCUUAG